AUGGACAUCUCACACAGUUGCAAGUUUGGAAAUCAAAUCAAAGGUGGUACUAAUCUACUUAUUAAAGGGAUUCAGAGCGAGCAUUUCGCCGAAGAUAACAAAGCACUAACCUUGAAGAUGAAGCUGUCGCCGAGGAGUAAACUUCUAUCCUUAAACCCAUUUAUAGAUGCAGGAGGUCUAAUGCGCGUCGGCGGACGCCUUCAUAAUUCGCAGCUGGAUUUCGAUGCCAUGCACCCUAUGAUUCUUCCCAAGUCUCAUCAUAUAACCUCAGCUAUCAUUGAUCAUCUUCAUCGCAAGUUCCUGCAUGCAGGAGCACAGAGCUUGUUAGCGAAAACGGUUUCUGCUGUCAUCAACAAGUGCAUUCAAUGUUUAAGAUUAAAGCCCAAGCUAGUCGAACACAUCAUGACGCCGCUUCCGGAGAUCCGAGUGCAGCCGAAUCACCCAUUCGUCAUCUCUGGAGUGGACUUUUGUGGCCCCUUUUAUUCGAAGUCAGAGGUCAGAAACAGGCCCCCUACGAAGUGCUACAUAGCCAUAUUCGUUUGCUUCGUCAGCAAAGCUACACACUUGGAAGUUGUCGAAGACCUUUCAACGCAAUCGUUCAUAGCAGCCCUGAAACAAUUUAUAAGCCUGAGGGGAAAACUUCAAACGAUUUGGUCAGACAACGCAACGAACUUCGUGGGAGCCAAAAACGAGCUAGUUGAGCUUCGGCAGCUGUUUCUGAGCGAUCCUCUCCUCACACUUUACUUGAUCACAACUUUUUAA